GAGACUUGACGCGUUACGGACGUGUCGCAUCGUCCGUAUCAUUUCGUCCGAAAUCGACUAAACUCAUGUGUACAUCAUUAAAUUUUUAAAUUAAGUGUUUUAAAGUGAUAAAUUUACCUAUACAAUACGUUAAUUGUGCCUGUGUUUGGUUUGAGUUUUGUGUUUAAAGGUUUUUGAACCGCAUAAAGAUACUUUUAGGUUAUUCGAAUUUUGGGCUGCUCUAAAUACAUAGAUCUCUACGUGUUUAUUUAUUCAGAAGAUUAAUCAAUAAUUCCAUCUUCAUUUAUAUGAAAAACUUCACCAGGCGGCCUGUUUGUAAGAUGUGACUAAACUCACCAUGGCAGCCACAGACGGCCAAGUCGUGGUCGCAGCAUCCCGCUGGUCAGACGAAGGCCACUACCUCAGAGAGUUCGUUGUGAAGAACCGACUCCCAAAUGUUUGUAAAAUCAUUAAAGGCCAGUAUGGUGGCCUUGGAGUACCAACGCUACCGAGUCCUGGCUUACAGAGUACAGCCGUACUGGUAUCGGCAGGGAAAAGAAAGAAAAUUAUCGCCCAAGCCAUAAAGUUAAAGGAGGGAAGACGAAUGGUCAGCGUUGGGCCCAGAAUUGCCAUCCCCGAAACUUAUAAAGGUUAUUUCGAAUUAUUAAGUGAAGAAGGUAGAGCCGUCCGAUGUAUAGAACAUGUAUCAGAGCUAGCAAGAAGAAAACUUGACGAUGGGUGUUUAGUUAGGGAGCCUGUUAGGGUAAUAUGCGCAAAAAUUGAUUUAGAUGGAAACCUCACGGCUGAUGGAGCAAGAAACCUACCAGCUGGUGAAGUCAUAAUGCCCAGAGGAGAAACGUUUUUAGGUAAAAAUAAAUAUUUAAAGUGUACUGAUUCUAAGGGAGAUACUAUUUUGCUAAGCUUAGAUCAAAGGGGAAAGUUCUCAGCUGUUGCUAAAGAAGAAAAUAUAAGUGGAGUUCACACUGCGAAAACAUUACUAACGAAACGAUUGCCUAUUACUGUUAGACUCGUACAUGGAACUCCGCCUAGAGGCUUAAAAAGUACGAGCCAUUUUGUUCCGGAGCUAAGGCUGUUAUCGUUGUUCGAAGAAGAUCAUGUUUUUGCUUUACCAUUACAAAAAGAAGGGAACGCGCUGGUUGCAUUGCCACUUGCAGCUCCAUUGAAAAUGCUAAGAUGUAAAAAUGAAGAACAUAUCAAGAACUUUAUGGAAUUCUCCAGACUUCUUGAAAAAUGUAAUAGGUUGCUCGUAGACGUAGUAGAUCGAAUACAGGUACUAGAUGGUAAACUUGGCGAUCCUAAACGAUUACUGAACGCGACUCCCCAUGCUCCACCUAUAAUAAAAACAGGAUAUUUUUUAAGAAGGAGUGCAUCAUCGGACUCAGCGAAUCAACACAAAUACAUGAAUCGUCACAGUCACAUUUAUAGCAGUCACAGAGAUGAUCACAGUAUCCCAGAUGAGUAUGACGAAAUAGAUCAAAUUUAUGACUACGUUAGAGGAUUUGCUCCUCUACCUAAAAACAUUAAAGCUUCAUAUUGCAAUGAACUAACAAGACAUGAAUCUGCACCAUCGUCACCCGCAGCUACGCCGAUACAUAUGCCCUUAAUAACUGAAAUCAAACCUGAGCCUCCUCCGAUAGAGACGAUACCGACUAAGAAACCUUUGAACCAAAAAGCCGAAAAGAGAACACGCAAAUCGAUCAAUAUAACAAAAGAAACUCCAAUAACAAUAUACAAAGAGAAAUGUUCAAUUGCACCAGCGCCUAAUUUGCCGAAGCUUUACAUUAAAAACAGUGUAAGUAAUAAUAAAGGUAGGGUGUUACUGAGUCAAAAGAGUCAUUCGCCAACUAAAGAGGCACCUAGUCCUGGAACUAGUCCUAUCCGCCCUUUAGCUAAGGGAGAUUCCCCUAUCUUUAAUAUACGUUACAAAAGUCUAUCCAAUAUCCACCAGGCCAUGGAAUUAGAUGGUACGUUAGAUUCGAGUCAUUCGGGUGGCAGAACGUCAGGGGAUUCUGGCAACGGUCCAAAGUUACCGGAGAAAAGAUCAAGAAGAUUAAGCAGACCUAAAUCUUUGACGAAUUUAGUUUGGGAGUUGAAAGGGUGUCCUGUUGAAACAAAUGAAAAGUCUAAAUCUAGAGUUAAAAACGAAGGCUACAAGAAGAUUGGAAACAAAUUAUCUUUGGGAACGCAAAAACGAGUGCCUACGCUGUAUCUUUAGUUCUUGGUCCACAUUGUCCGCAUCAAAAUCGACAAAGCAGAGACCAAAAUCAGAAGAGCAGCGAACGAACACGAAAACAAACGAACAUUACAAACAAAUCGUCUCGAAAAUCAUUUGACAACAUUAGAAUUGAUAUCUCUAUACCGAACUUAGCAUUACUUAGACCAGAGGCCUGUUAUUGUUAUAAAAACUUGAAAUAUGUUAAUUGUAUUAACAAUUGAUAUGGAAAUAACUAAGAAGAACCGUCAAGACAUUUUUUUUUUAAAUUAAGUAAUUUAGACAAAAAUACAAAAUCGUUCAUUCAGCCUAUUCCAAUCGUAAAAGGAGUUUUUACAUAUAAACAAACUUUAUAUUUAUAUAUUCCAUGUGAUUUGUUAACAUCUAGAACUACAGACCGUUCUUGAUUAUAACACUAUUCCACUCAACUACUUAUAUCAUAAAUUUACUUUUAUGAAUCCAUCAUAAGCACCAUAAAUAAUUCAAUAUUUGGACCAAUGAUAUCGCGUCGCGUAAGAGCCGAGAUGGCCCAGUGGUUAGAACGCAUGCAUCUUAACUGAUGAUUUCGGGUACAAACACAGGCAAGCACCACUGAAUUUCAUGUGCUUAAUUUGUGUUUAUAAUUCAUCUCGUGCUCGGCGGUGAAGGAAUUUUCCUUUACCGCCGAGCAGGUAUCGUGAGGAUACCUGCAUGUGUCUAAUUUCAACGAAAUUCUGCCACAUGUGUAUUCCACCAACCCGCAUUCUUCUCAAAGGGAGAGGCCUUAGCCCAACAAUGGGAAAUUUACAGGCUGCUAAUGUAUCACGUCAAGCUCGAUGUUGUUUGACUUAACUUCUCUGAUUGGAAUAGACUGUAUGUUUCAUUGGAUUAUAAUCAUAGAUUAUGAAAUAAUUUUGGUCUAAGUUUUAACUAAUAUAGUUCACCGUUUUGUAAACAUCAAAUAUAUUUUGAUCUCUUUAAUGGAUAAUUAUUUUAUCAUUAUUUAUAAUGUUAAUGCCAUACUACGGUAUAAUUUGAGCUAAGUUUAUAUAAGGAUAGAUGAAAAUUUAAAAUAGGUAACAUUGCAAGGCAUUGAAACUUUAAUUAAAAUAUACUUACAGCCGAAAUUAAUAUAACAUCUACAAUCUGAGAUUUACUGGAGUUUAGACAUAAGGAGAGGUCAUUCCUUAUAAACGGGACUUCAUCCUAAAUAUUCUCUACUGAAAUGUAUGAAAUAAGACACAUCAUCCCCAUCUAGGUACAAAUUGAAACUGACAUUUACGCGAUAUCUAAAAUCAAGGUUUCAACAUUCAAAAAGAUCGUACUCACCAUCUGUCAUUGAAUGAUGUUCUCGAUCUAAGAUGUUACAUUCGAUUGAUUAUUAAUUUCGGCCAUUCAACAAGUUAAAAAUAUUCCAUUACGGAUUGCCUUUUUCAUAAAUUUUCUGCUGUAAUUGUUAAAUAUAAUAAUCCUUAAGUUUCUUGCGCCUUCAACGAUUCGUUGUACUUCAAUAGUUUAUGGAUUGUAUUAAUAACAACAAAGAAAUUGGUUGUCAAAAAUUUAUACUAAUAUUCUAAUGAGAAAGUAACUUUAUCUAUCUGUUGCUCUUUCAAGGUCGAAACACUGAAUCGAAUUUGAUGAAAUUUGGUACGAAACAAGCUUGAACUUCAAGGAAGGAAGCUUUAUCCCUAAUAUCUGACAACCCACCCCGAAAAAAACCGCGGCCAAAAACUGUUAGUCUUAUUGUAUUUGGCCAAUAUUAUAUCAAAAUUUGAGUACACAGAAGCAAUACAAAUAAAACGUAUUGUAGUAUUAACUUCAUGGUUUGUUGAAUAAAUCACAAAUUUUAAGAACAUUAUAAACACAAUUAUAGUCGAUUAAGAAUUACUAUAUUUUAUUAACGUUUUAGACGAAUUAAUUUACGACAUAAGUGUAUUUCUUUCUAUUGGUCGUGCUUGUAUUUUUUCGUUAAAAAAUAUAUUUUCACGGAAUACAAACCAAAAAAUCGAGGUGCCUUAUUAAAUAAUAAAUAAACGCUUUUACGCACGUUUCUAUUUUCGUCGAAAUGUGUAAUCGUGAAAUAAAUUUAAGGUGAAAGUCAGAACUUUUAAUGUAUUUUUAAUUAGAUUUGUCGAACAAUAUUUUAAUGGUAUGCAUUUAUAUCGUUUAUUUAAAUAGUUUUACGGAGCCAGUUUUAGAUGGAUUUAUUUUUAAUUUUAUAAUACGAUUCUUUUUUUAAAUAUAUAAUUUUUGACAAUGUUUAAUAUUAUUUUUCACUUUCGUUUGUUAGUUUAAUUAUAUUUUCAAUGUAUUUUUUUUAUUUAAUGCAAAACUUCGUCUGAAACUGGGCUUUUAAUUACCUACUUAGACGUAAUUAAGUACCUUCAUUAAGAAUUAAGUUAUUAUGAUAAGUUUCUUGGAGGUUUAAAUUGAUAUAGAAAUACGUUUUUAAUCUUCAAAUGAUUUAUCGUUCUAAUGAAAAAAUUAAUUAACAUUUGUUUAACAAUAUUAAAAAAAAAUCUUUAAGAAUCUUCAAAGCUUUGAACUUUUUUUUUUUAUUAUUGCAUUUAAAAAUCGAAGACAUAAAUAUGUUUUAUCAUUAAAAAUAAUAUUGUGUUUAGCAAUUUUCCCUUUAAAAUGUAAUUAUGAUUUUUUUGUAUUCCAAAUAUUCUUUAGAAUAAGCUAGAUUUUCCAUUUAAUGUAAUUUCUAGGAUAUGUUUUAUUCACACGUCAUUAUAAUAAGUUUUGAUUGAGUCUUUAUAUAAUUCUUCGAAAUAAACGACAUGGAUUGAA